AUUAAUAUUCAGGAAUCACAUGUGAAUCUGGUGAUAACACGUGAUAUAUGUGGACGCCUGUUCCUGGCUGUUGUGGAUCGUGAUAUCGGCUUAAGAGUUUAUCAGCUACUUGCUUACGGUCCACCACCCAUUCGUCCGGAUUGUUGUAAAGUUCAGCAACUCCUGAACAAAGCAUUCUCACUUUUUGCUGCCAGCAGCCCACCAUUUCGACGUGCUUAUUGCGCUACUCAGUGCUAA